GCCAAGAGACCUCAAGAGGCCUGGUUCCAGGACUAUAUCUGACCGCCUUCGCAAAAUAGCUCAUAUCAUUCUUCGAUAUCAUUUUCAUUUAUCAACAUGGCAGAUGACGCUGUUCUCCGGGUCCCGCCUCCCCAUGAGAUUAUCAUUGUUCCCCCUCCCGAGCACGAAGACCACGAUGCCCUCCUCCAGCAGUGCAUCCAAGUUAGGAUCGCCGUUUUCGUCACAGAACAAGGGUUUCCGUUGGAAGUUGAAGUAGAUGAACAUGAUCCGACAGCCACACAUUGCUUGUUAAGACUUUUACCGUCCCUUGAGCCUAUAGGGACAAUCCGUGCCCACAAAGUGGAAAGCGCAGGUGGCUCAUACUAUAAACUUGCAAGGCUCGUCGUUCUAAAGGAAUACCGACAUUGUAAAUUCGGACGCAAUCUUGUGCUCGCAUUGCAUAAUUGGGCAAAGGUUCAUGCCAGAAAUUCAGGGGUAACCGGCUAUGUCAAGAUGGUUUGUCACUCCCAAGCAGUCCGUGCAGACUCGGCUGGUGCUGUAGGAUUUUAUCGCAAGUUUGGCUACGAGGAACAGGGCGAUCUGUUCGAUGAAGAUGGGGAACCGCAUCAGAAGAUGGUCGCCCGAUUAUCAUUAGAAGAGUAAUUGAUUACAGCGUUCGUGUAAAGAUGAAACAAGGUAUAGGACAUGAUAUACUAGGGGGAAUCUACCGAUACACAUGAGGGAAAUCAAGGUCGUAAAAAGAGCAAGU